GUCCUCAGUCUUAACACUUCUGCGGAGCACUGAGACGCCACACUGAGCUCUGAAAGCUAGCUGUGAUAUACAAAAGCCACACACACACACACACACACACACACACCCUCGGCAUGGAUAGCAAAGCUGUGAUGCUGGUGGCCCUCCUGAUGGUCGCCAUAUGGAGCACAGAGACUAAAGCAAAGCCCAUUAGUCUGGUGGAGAGAUGUUGGUGUCGGUCCACGCUCAACACCGUCCCACAGAGGAGCAUCCGUGAGAUCAAGUUUCUACACACACCCAGCUGCCCGUUCCAAGUCAUUGCCAAGCUGAAGAACAACAGAGAGGUCUGCAUCAACCCCAAGACCAAAUGGCUUCAGCAGUAUCUAAAGAAUGCCAUUAACAAAAUAAAGAAGUCAAAGGAGCGUUCCAAGUAAACACACAAAGAGGUGUGAGGAGUACCAAUGUGCAUCUCUAACCUUCACAGAGAUCAUCAUCCUCUUCACUCUCUCUGAUCUCUUUUCCUCUUUUUGGACCGCUUGCACAAACAGCACUUCACUUAAGCCUGCCUCUCAAGCAUACAGGCAACCUACAGAUCACCACCUUCACAAGACAGUGUGUUUGAGAGAUAUUUACAGGCUUUUCACUUCUUAAAGGAACAGUUCCCCAAAAAGUGAAAAUUCCGUCUUCAUUUUCAACAUCUCCUUUUGUGUUCCAUGGAAGAAAGACAGUCAUACUAGUUAAGAUGAUCGUGAGUAAAUAAUGACAGAAUUGCCAUUUUUGGGUGAACUAUCCUUUUAAGGGGCAGAAAUGGGAGUUUAUGUUGAGUUUAAGAAAAGGGAGAGAAAGUGAAAAAAGUGAAAACUAGAGAAAGAGGAUUACUGCCACUUUUUAUGCUCAUAUUUGUGUUAUUUUGCCAUUCAUGGAUUUAGUCUGGGUGCUAAAGCUCACCUGCACAUAUGAAUGACCGAGCACACAGUAUCUACUGAGACACGACUGCUUCUACAUAAACCAGAAUCAUAGUUUCCUGCAUUGCUUUUCCUCUUUUCUACCUGUAUGUAAACUCAGAGAAAGGCCAGACACUGAAUUCAAAGAUGCAUGCCGUUUAAAGCAGAUGGACUUUACCGUAUGUAUUAAGCAGAGUUUUUGUUGAAGGAAUAUUCCGGGUUCAAUACAAGUUAAGCUCAAUCAACAACAUGAAUUAUUAUUAAUAAAUGGGGGGGGGUUCUCUCCAAUUUGGAAUGCCCAAUUUCCAACGCGCUCUAAGUCCUCAUGGUGGUGUAGUGACUCGUUUCAAUCCGGGUGGCGGAGGACGAAUCUCAGUUGACUCCGCGUCUGAGACCGUCAAUCUGUACAUUUUAUCGUGUGACUUGUUGAGCGCGUUACCAUGGAGACCUAGCGUGUGUGGAGGCUUCACACUAUUCUCCACGGCAUCCACGCACAACUCACCACGCGCCCCACCGAGAACGAACCACAUUAUAGCGACCACGAGGAGGUUACCCCAUGUGACUCUACCCUCCCUAGCAACAGGGCCAAUUGGUUGCUUAGGAGACCUGAAUCGUGGUUACAGUGAGGCACUUAUAAUGGAAGUCAAAGGGGCCAAUCCGAAAGCAUUAAAAUACUCACUGUUUAAAAAUUAUAGCUACAAGACAAGAACAAUAUGCAUGUUAACAUGAUUUUAGUGUGAUAAAAUCACUUAACAACCUUUUCUGUGUAAAGUUAUAUCUAAUUUUACAACUUCGUUGCCAUGACGAUAUAAUGCCAUCAACCCUGAAACCCUAAAAGGAUUGUAAAAAUGGAAAUUUAAACAACUUUACAGUUCAAAUAAUACAUGAGUUUUAACAGAUGAAUGAAUGUAAGUGCUUUUAUAAAAUAAGCUUCACAUUUCUGCCUUUAAACUCUCCAAAAAUUGGCCCCGUUCACUUCCAUUGUAAGUGCCUCACUAUUACCUCCAUUUUUGCUUUUUUUUAAGAAAAGUAGGGAUGAGUCAAAAUGAUCAACAUUAUGCCACAAAUGCUGUUGAUUGAGCUUAACUUCUACUGAACCUGUAAUAUUUAUUUAAUGCAAUCACGCCAUGGCAGCUUAAAGGGAUACUUCACCCAAAACUGAAUAGUGAGUGAAUGAUGACAAAAUGUUCAUUUCAGGGUGAACUAUUGCUUUGAAACUUCUGCUCAUGUAUAUCAAGCUGCAUUCCAUGACUCAGGCCUUAAUGAAUAGCAUUUGCAUCACCGAUCUUUACUUUUGAGUGCACCCAUUUUGGUGUUGUGGUUGUGAUUUGGAACAAACGAGAACAACCAACAGGCCUAAUGUUUAAUGUAAAUAGUCUCCAGCACUAUAUAGCUGUCAGUAGGGUUGAACAGGGACCAGAACUGAACCAUAUAAAUGCAAGCGAUUUGUAGACUAAAUUAAUAUUAACUAUGUAUUCCAAAUAUAUCAUUGUGUUUUUAGCAGCAGCAUGAAGGGAUAAAACUGUGAUUUUGAUAUUCUGAAAUUAACGUGUUCGGAUACCAUUUUGACUCAAAUGCCCAAAUGCUGUUACUUAUUUUUUGAGCCACUUUAAAAAUGUGAGGAGUUUCUAAUGUAAUGAUUUAUUUUUGUAUUUUUGUAUUGUUUGAUAUGAAAAUAAACACAACAGUACAGUA